AUGGGAAAACCUGUCGUCGACUACUCCCUCUACCUCGUCACGGACUCCACCCCGGCCAUCCUCGGCAACCGGGACCUCGUCUCCGUCGUCGAGGCCGCCGUCCAGGGUGGAGUCACCGUCGUGCAGUACCGCGACAAGACGAGUGACACCCGCGUGCUCGUCGACACCGCCAGGGCCCUGCACGCCAUCACCUCCCGCCACGGCGUGCCCUUGCUCAUCAAUGACCGGGUGGACGUCGCGCUGGCUGUGGGGUGCGAGGGUGUGCAUAUCGGACAGGAUGACAUGGGUACGUGA